AUGGCGGACAGCCCUGCGUCUCCUGGUAUUCCCAGGUCAGACUCGGCGUCACCAACCCCGGCCACAAUUCCUGAUCGCUCAGCCUCUCCGGAGAUACCGCUCACCAUGUCCGCUUCAGCAAUUUUGACGGCUCAGCCGCGGGAUGUUGCCUCAGCACUUGCCAGUGCUGGCGAGUACGCCUCAGAGAAGGUUGUUGUCAAGUUCAAGCCCGUGGGAAACGCUCCCGCUCUCCCUAUGGCCGUAGCCAAGAUAUCCUCCACUCAGACCUUCUCCACCGUCAUCUGGUACCUUCGCAAGCGAUUGAAGCUCCGAGACGCUGAGAACAUCUUUUGUUACGUCAAUGACUCCUUUGCGCCCUCUCUCGACGAGAUCGUCGGCAAUCUACACAAUUGUUUCAAGGACUCAACAGGCCAGCUUGUGAUUUCAUACGCUAUGAACCCAGCCUUUGGCUGA